CAGCUACUUUACGAGAAUGUUCAAUAAGAGACUUUGAAGAUUCUUACAGUGAGACAUCUAACUGUAUAGAAGAUGAUGGUCUCAAUUAUUUACCUAAAGGCUUUCAAUCAAUUUUAGAGGUGUGUACAAACUGUGUAUUGAAAGAAGUUUUUACUAUGUGCUAUUAUAAAUUACAAACCUUGAAAGACAUCGCUGUUAAAGCUCUUACGCCAAUAGGAAAAUGUUUGCUCAAGUUUGACGACACAAAGGAAAAGUGUAUUUUGGAGAUAACUCAAGGUGUAAGAAAUAAGUGCAUUUUAUAUCUUCAUUCAUUUGCUUUCUAUAUCAAAAAGGGAACUUUCAUGCAGGCUGCUGAAUCAUCCAAAGAAUUCUAUAGCUGCAUCAAACAAACAGUGAAAACCUGCCCCGGAUAUGCACACAAUGAUAUCUUCAGACUCUACAAGAGAUUUGCAGGGUUGCAAAUCACGUCACAAUAUGAAGAAGGUAAAAUAUUGUUUUAUAAUUGAAGCGAAGAGUAUCAACCCCAGGUAACUAAACACUCUAAUUUUGCAGUGUUCAAAUCAUACCUUAAAACAUUCAAUAAUAACAAGCUUAAUUUUACCACUUAUCUAUAUCUUAAUGUUAGAGUACUUCUCUUAAGUUAAGCUAGCUUAUUUAUUGUAAAAAUGAACAUGUCUUUAGCCUUUCAGUAGAAUGAUAAGUUACAUAGUAAGACUGAUUUAAGUUU